AUGAAGAUCGCUCUAGUCAUUUUGUCUUUAUUUUCUCUUAUACGCUUGGACGAUGCUUCAGAAACACCAAUUAUUGGAAUCCUUUCCCAGGAGAUGUAUUUGGUGGCCAAAUAUUUUCCUGAGGGUGUCUACGACAGCUUCAUCACAGCUUCCUAUGUCAAGUAUCUAGAAAGUGCUGGUGCUCGAGUAAUUCCUGUAUGGAUCGGACAAUCUGAAGAGUAUUAUCAACGUGUUGUUAAUAGCACAAAUGGAUUACUGUUUCCCGGUGGCGGUACUUAUUUCAAUGAAACUGGAGGGUAUGGAGAAACAGCAAAAACGAUCUACAAACUGGCUGUCCAGUCUAACGAAAGAGAAGUCUAUUACCCUCUUUGGGGUACGUGUUUGGGUAUGCACGUUUUGAUAUUCUCUCAAAAAGGUGCUGAUCUCAGGAUAGACUGUUCGUUGAGGAAAGUCGCAUUGCCUCUGGAUUUCUCUGAAGGUUAUGAAGACAGCAAACUGUUUCGCGAAUCCACAAAAGACAUUACCAGAAAUCUUGGUACAAACAACGUUACCUACAACCUCCAUCGCUACUGCUUGACCAAAGAAGUAUUACAAAGCAACGGCAUCCUGCAAAACUGGAAAAUCCUGGCCACUAACAAAGACGAGUCUAACCUGGAAUUUAUUUCCGUCAUGGAGAAUCGAAAGUACCCCUUCUACGGUGUCCAGUUCCAUCCCGAGAAGAACAUUUUCGAAUUCAAGAAAAGCAUUGGCAUUCCGCAUUCAGUAGGUGCUGUCCAAGCUUCCCAGUAUUUCUCUAAUUUUUUCGUCAAUGAGUGCAGGAAGAACAAUAAUAGUUUUUCUGAUGAUGACAUCGAAAUGAAAUCUUUGUUUUAUAAUUAUAGCCCUGUAUACACGGCCCCCAAAGGGUCUUCCUAUGAACAGAUUUAUGUAUUUACCAAAGAAGAUUACCGAAAAUCGCCUCUCGUCUGA